UCCCCCCCACCUCCACCCCACUAACUGCCACCUCGUGCGAUCCGGUCCGUGCCUCCACCACCACCGCCGCCACUGCCGCACGUGGUUGUGGUUGUUGUUGACUUGUGAGACUCGUCGUUGAAAAAGGAGGAGGAGAAGAAGAAGAAGGAGGCCGCCUCCCACCGGCCGCCGCAUGGCGCCGCGUCACAGGGCGCUCCGGGUCGUGAUGGCCGGCGACGAGGUGGUGGUGGCGGCGGUGUCGCCUCAUCAUCAUCAUCAGCAGCAGGAGGACUUGGGCCUCGCCACCACCACCGCCUCCUCCCCCGCGGGGCGCGUGGUGCUGGGCCCGGGGCUCCGGCGCGAGGGGGACGUGGUGCUGGCGAGCCGCUGCGGCGUGCUGCGCCACCGGGAGCCGCACACUUACUGGGUCGAAUCGCACCAGAAGCGGUACGUGCCCGUCAAGGGCGAGACGGUGAUCGGAGUGGUGACGGCACGGGCGGGCGACGUCUUCAAGGUGGACGUUGGUGGCAGCGAGCAGGCCAGCCUCUCAUUCCUGGCCUUUGAGGGAGCCACAAAGCGAAACCGGCCCAACGUGCAGGUGGCAGACCUCGUGUUUGGCCGCCUCCUCGUGGCCAACAAGGACAUGGAGCCCGAGUUGGUGUGCAUGGACAGUGGGGGCCGAGCGUCCGGCAUGGGGGUGCUGGGUCCCGGAGGGUUUCUUCUGCACUGCUCGCUGGGACUGGCGCGGAGGUUGCUGCAGCCGGACUGCGAGAUCCUGCGCCGGCUGGGCGCUGCGUUUCCCAUGGAGAUCGUGGCCGGCAUGAACGGGCGCGUGUGGGUGAAGGCGCGCUCGGUGCGCAACACCCUCCUGGUGGCCAGCCUCCUGGACAGCAGCGAGUUCAUGAGCCCGCGGCAACUGCAGGCGGCGCUCGCGCGCAUCCCCGAAGACCUCGCGGUGGCACGCUGAGCAGCCCCCCCUCACCCCCGUCCACAGGGACGUCCACCCACCCUCCCCCCUCUUCACUGACAGACGUUAGGUUUUAUAAAUAAACGAGCGAUUUGU